ACCAUUGUAGAGCUCCGGACUGCGGCUGCCGGGAAGCGAGCUGGUCGCGGUGCUGUAGCCGGGAGGAGGGUGCGCGGGUGGAGGCGCGCAGCUCGCAUGGAGGCGCCGAGGAGCGCGCCGCGGGAGCGGGAGCGGGAGCGCGCUCCGACCACCGCAGGAAGUGACCAAGUUCACUCCUGGAUACUAGUUAUGAGCCAGGUCCUUAGUACUGCCUGGAGAGUAACCAGGGCCUCUGUGAUGACGACGUUGUCCCUCCUGUCAGCCAUCCUCUGCUACUUCAGAAGUCUGCAUUUAUAUCUGGGGCACCAGUUGAAAUGGUGGAUUGGAUAUCUACAGAGAAAAUUCAAAAGAAACCUCAGUGUGGAGGCAGAAGUAGAUUUACUCAGUUAUUGUGCAAGAGAGUGGAAAGGAGAAACUCCGAGAGCGAAACUCAUGAGGAAGGCCUAUGAGGAGCUCUUCUGGAGGCACCAUAUUAAAUGUGUCCGGACAGUGAAGAGAGACAACUACGACGCUCUUAGGUCUGUGUUGUUCCAGAUCUUCAGCCAAGGUCUGUCUUUUCCAUCAUGGAUGAAAGAAAAAGACAUCGUUAAGCUUCCUGAAAAACUGCUCUUUUCUCAAGGCUGUAACUGGCUCCAGCAGUACAGUUUCGGACCUGAGAAGUAUACAGGUCCCAAUGUGUUUGGAAAGUUACGGAAAUGUGUGGAGUUGCUGAAAUCACAGUGGACGGAGUUCAGUGGGAUGAGAGAUUACCACAAGAGAGGCAGCAUGUGCAACAUGCUCUUCUCCGACGCCAUCCUGGAGUAUAAACUGUACGAAGCUUUGAAGUUCAUCAUGCUUUACCAGGUCACAGAAGCGUACGAGCAAAUGAAGGCAAACAAGACCAUCCCCAGCCUUUUCAGACUCCUGUUUUCCAGGGAGUCGUCAGCAGAUCCUUUGAGCUUCAUGAUGAACCACCUGAAUUCCAUAGGUGACAUGAGCGGGUUGGAGCAGAUUGACAUGUUCAUACUCGGGUACUCCCUUCAAGUAAAGAUAAAAGUGUUCCGACUCUUCAAGUUUAACUCCAGAGACUUUGCUGUCUGCUACCCGGAGGAGCCUCUCAGGGAGUGGCCAGAGAUCUCCCUGCUGACCGAGAAUGACCGCCAGUACCACAUUCCUGUCUUCUAAGUCUGCCGCAGACUGAACAACAUCGGCUUUUCUCAGUGACAGUGGUCAUGCUUGCAAGGAAAGUGUCUCUGAAAAACCCAUGGUACUGUUUCAGCCAAGAAGGACGCCAUGACUUACAGGAACACUGGGUGGAGAGAGCCAGCAUGGGUCACCUUUCUCUUUCAGUGGUUCCCUCCAGAGCAGUACGCAUUUGUUUUGAUGGUUGACUUUGUGCAUAGGGAUCUGCUGGCUUGGCUCUUUAAGACAGAGAAACUUAACAUGGAAAAAAAAAACCUGGAAGGUAAAUGGCUAACCGGAGCAGCAGGAAUUUUUUUUUUUUUUUAAAUCUCUGACCUUCAUAUUCUUUAAUAAGAAUUUCUCUGUUUAUUUGGAACAAUCAUAAAUAAACAGGGCCAAGUUUUGUAAGCAUUAUCCUUCUGGGAGUCUUUGUUGUUUACUAAUUAUUUAGAAACACCUGAUUAAGGUUAAAAUAUUGUGUGUGUUUAUGUAUAUGUGUGUUUAUAUACACUCAAAUGUAUGUAUUCAUUUAUGCACCUACAGCACAAACAACCGCCGGUUUGUAAUCUUGUACAAUUUCUUCCUCUCUCUCUCUCUCGGUGCUGUUGAAUCUGGCCAGCUUAAAUCAGUUUAUUUAAAUAAAAGUAGAUAAAUUCUAUGGAUUUGGACAACUGUACAAUUUUUGAGCUGUCACAGAAACAUCAAGCGCUGGUUUAUUUAACCUGUAUUUACACAUCUAUUUAAUGAGUAGAAUCUUGGCAUUGGCUGAGUAACAUCCCAGAUACAGAGGGGUCUGUGUCUUUGUCCCAGCAUCCCAGAAGACUUUGGCUAAAUGGCAAAAAAAAAAAAAAAAAAGAAUCCAAGUGCAGGUGGGACUGAUGGCUUUGUCCUCUGAACCUGAAGGGAAUCCGUCCAUCUGGCUCCAGUGUGAUGGAAAGGCCCACAAACUGAAGAGGUCCUGUAUGAGAGGAAGCUGUGAACUAUGGAAGCAUCCUUAUCCUGGAGGAUAGAGGAAGAGGCAGAGCCACUGGUACUGAUGUCUCUAGGAGGUAGAAAAGAGCAGAGACAGAGCCUCUUCCUGAGCCCCAGAAGGAACAUGGCUGCUCCAGGACCUUGUUCUGGUCUGCUGAUAACAGACUUCCAACCUCUUACCUUUAAUCCUCCAGGGCCAUUUCCACAAACCUUCCUAAUGCUUCAACCUGUUCAUAUAGGUCCUCACGUUGUGGUGACCUCCAACCAUAAAAUUAUUUUGUGCUACUUCAUAUCUGCAAUCUUGCUCAUGUUAUGAAUUGUAAUAUAUAUAUCUGAUAUGCAGGACAUCUGAUAAGAAACCUCUAAAGGGGUCUCGACCCACAGGAUAAGAACUACUGCUCUAAGAAAAUGGAUUUGAAUUUAAACCUGGUUUUAUUUUGUCUGGGGGUGGGUGAGAAGAAGAGGUUUCUUAAUGUAGCCCUAGUUAGCUUGUAACUCACUCUGUAGACCAGGCUGGCCUCAGCCUCACAGAUCUGCAUGCCCCUGCCUCCCGAGUGCUGGGAUUAAACAUGUGUGCCACCACCACCACCUUAGCUUGUUGUUUUUAAAAACAUGUUGCAGUAGCAACAGAAAACUAGAGUUCUCAGCCUAAUUUCCAGUCAUCUUCAUCUUUGAAGCACUUUUGAUUAUCUUUAUUUUGGAAGUGCUUUGCUCACCUGACUUGGAUUUUAAGGAAUGCAAAUUAUUUUUUUUAUAUCUUGGUAAUGAUUCAUUAAUAUUUAUACUGUUUGAAAGCUGUAGAUUCCUUCUUAAGAAAUGACAUACUGAGCUAGAGAGAUGGCUCAGAGGUUAAGAGCAUUGGCUGCUCUUCCAGAGGUCCUAAGUUCAAUCCUAGCAACCACAUGGUGGCUCACAACUAUCUAUAAUGAGAUCUGGUGUCCUUUUCUGGCAUGCAGUAUACAUGUA